AUUAUUGUAAAUACAUCAAAAUCAAAAUAAUGAAUCAACCUCCACCAAACCAACAACAAUUUCAGCAACAGAUCCCAGCUGGGCAUAUGAAUCUUAUCAAUGGUACAAAUAAUAUCUUCAAUCAACAACAACCACCAGCUGGACACAUUGACAUGAUGCAAAAUUUUAUAACUGGAACCACUGACAUAUUUAUCUAA